GACUGUGGUUAACAGCCGGAUACGUGUUUCGUUUAUACACGCGAAACUGAUUGUGGACAACAGUCAUUCAGUGGAGAUCUAUCAGUGAACUUACUCUCUGCAAGACAAUCUUUAGUUUAUGAAUUAACUCCAUCGAGCCAGCAUCAAAUCGCGUCACUCGCACACCAACCAUGAAGACAUCCUUCAAAAUGCCAAAUCUGACCACCGUAUUCUUCUCUCUGGUCAUCUUGCACCUCACACUCAGUGUGCAGUGUAGAACACAUCGAUCUUCAAAAUUCGACGGUCAAGUUUCGGAUCCUAUCGUUUCUCCAAACCUGGAGACCGUUCCUCGAAAGACGUUAUCCUCCAGCAUCGAAUACAGAAUAGGAGAUCCUAAUAGCGUGAUAACUGCUCCUCGUGAAUUGUCACCGAAGAUGGAAGGCGCAGAACCAUCCGAAGAUCAUUUGGCGGGUCGUGUGCCAGACAGCUACAGGAUUAUUCCACGCAAACCAGAACCACCCAGGAUCGAGAUGCAAUUGAUAAAAGGACACGUGUCCCGAACGGGAGAUUGGAUAGUGGAGUACAGAUUUUCCGACAAUUACGAAAACGAUCAGUCGAAAUCGCAUGAUGGAAUCAGUGCUACCAGUGAUAAACCUCAGGAGCAGACUACUAAAAAGCCUAAAGGUGGACUCGGUUCUAGGACCAUCUUUGAGAUACCUGGCAGGCAAUGUCCGCAGGGUUAUCAGUUGGAUUAUAGGAAACAGUGCAGAAAAGCUGUCCAGUUUUGGUACGAAGACUGAGCUUUCGGUAACUAAAAUAAUGAGCCAAAGAACAUCUAUAUUUGAUCACACGGAUGACGUCAUGAAUAAACUUUCAUUUCGAACAAUUUUUGU